CCGUGACGCAGAGUGAGGGGGCUGAACUUCUGGCGUGCGACCUGUCUGCUGGAGAUCUGACUGCGCAAACUUGACCCAACUCUUCCUCAAGCGUGACGGAGACAAAGCCGAAGAUGAAGCUCCUUCUCCUGUCGCUCCUUCUCGUCGUCGCCCUGCAUAACGGAACAGGAGCCCCCAGAAAAGCCCGGUACAAUUACGUGAAGUGUAAGCCCGAUGGCGACCAGGCAAACUGUGUCACCCACCAAAGUGCUGAGAUCAACUGGACUCCAGAUCUCCCUUCCAAACUGCCGGCUGUCGCCGUUGAGUACCUAGAGGCAAAUCAUAUGGAGGGGGAAAAACGAACACAGGGGAGGAAGCUGGUGGAGGACGGCUCUGGAUUCUUUGAUGGAUCUGGAAGUCAGUCCACUGAGAAUCUAGCCUUCGUGACCAUCGAACCUGUGCUGGGCUCUGGAGGCGACGACCAGUACGGAGCAGAAAUGGAGGCACCAGCGGAGAAGGAGCUGGAAGAAGAUCACCUCCUGCAGCUGUAGACUGUUCGAACACAACACACACAAAUACUCUCUCGUACACAUGGCCAACAGGUUCUAUAUGUCUGCACUGUUGGUUUAUACAAGUCCUGACGUCAGCCGCUUUCGGUGAAGAUGGACCAGAAAUGCAGACAAGCUCAAGAUACAUUUUCUAUACGUUCACUUCAGAUUAAUGUUUCAUGUCCUUGAAAACCAGUGGAAUGCUAAAAAAAACAAGGGAGAAAGAGUUCAGUUAUUACCAGAAAAUAAGUACAAUUAGGGCAGAUUAUUUUUUUAUCUUGAUGUGGAGGAUUUGUUACAAUGUAUGUAGCACAUACUAAACAUAUAUUUAUAUUGUCUUCCUACGUCUACGUCCAUCUUUUUGUUUUUUAUAAAGGGAAAGUGCUUUGCCCUGACACAAUUGGGUUUCAUAAAAUACUGCUCUUAUGAUGAUAGUCUUUCUAUUUUCUAUGAACUCAUUCAGUAAAGCUUUUUAAAACAA